AGCGAACUAGGACGCGUCGAUCGCAGCAGCGCAGUCCCUCGGUCUCGCAUCACGAGCUAUCCCAAGCUUCAAUUAAUCGGCCAGCACUUCUGAGUUCAGUCCUUGUUGCUCGCUCCUAAAAGAUUGAUGGAAGCGUACGCGGCAAUGGCCACACCACCAACACUAGCCAUGGGCGUCGACGUCGACAAGCUCAGCUACGAGAUCUUCUCCCUGCUCGAGACUAAGUUCCUCUUCGGCGCCGCCAAUGGGUGCCUGUCCUCCGGCCCCGGGACGCCGGGAAGAGCGUUUCUCGACGGUGGGCGCGUGCGGGUCCUGUCCAUCGACGGCUGCGGCGCGGACGGCGAGGACGCGCUACUUGCCGCCGCGGCGCUCGCGCGCCUCGAGGCCGGGCUGCGCAAGCAGACCGGGGACACCGACGCGCGCGUGGCGGAAUUCUUCGAUGUCGCGGCGGGCUCCGGCGCCGGAGGCGUGCUCGCGGCGAUGCUGUUCCUGAGGGGCCCCGACGGGCGGCCCCGGUACUCGGCGCAGGAGGCGCUCGCGUUCGUGGCUGGCAGUGUUGGAAAAAAGGACUGGGGCGGCCGGCGCGGGCGGUGGGCCAAGCUGUUCCGCGGCGGCGCGCGGGGCGGGGACCGUUCGUUCCGCCGGGUGUUCGGCGACGCGACGCUCAGGGACACCGUGGCGCCGCUGCUCGUGCCGUGCUACGACCUCGCCACGGCCGCGCCAUUCGUCUUCUCGCGCGCCGACGCCGUCGAGAGCGACGCCUUCGACUUCCGCCUCCGCGACAUCUGCGCCGCCACCUGCGGCGCAAGCGGCGCGGUUGUGCCCGUGAGGUCGGUCGAUUGUAGCACGGCCAUCGCCGCGGCGUCCGGGGGCGUUGCGGCCAUGGGCAACCCGGCCGCCGCGGCCAUCACGCACGUGCUGCACAACAAGCAGGAGUUCCCUCUCGCCACAGGCGUCGAGGACAUCCUCGUCCUCUCCAUCGGCGCCGGCGCGUCGGCAACCGUCUCCUGCGGGUCGAAGACACCAAUGCCGGCACGCUCACCAUCACCGCGCGAUCUGGCGCGCGUCGCCGCCGAGGGCGUCGCGGACAUGGUGGACGAAUCAGUGGCCAUGGCGUUCGGGCACGCGUGCCGGAGCAACUACGUGCGCAUCCAGGCAGGCAAGGCGCCGACGCCGCUCCACGCGGAGACGGCGGCCGCUGCCGCGGGAGCGAUGCUGGCGCAGCGGAACGUGGAGUCCGUGCUGUUCUGCGGGCGGAGGCUGUCGGAGCGGACCAACGCAGAGAAGGUGGACGCGGUGGCCACGGAGCUGGUGAAGGAGCAGGAGCGGCGGAGUUGCAGCCCACUCCCGAACGUGGCCAUCAAGCAGGUCGGCACGCCGCGGCUGUCGUCGGCGACCACCGCGUCUUCUGGCACCACGACGGCGAGGACUGCGUCGACGAUGCCGUCACCGGCGUCAUGGGAUUCUCGCCGGUAGGCAACAGGGCCGUGGCACGAUGGGGAUCUAGUGUACAUAAAGGUCACCGAUUAGGCACUUACAUUGCUAUAAGAGAGUGAUGGGUGUGUUCUUUUGUUGUUUUCUGAUAACGAGGCCCUGACAUAUGGGAUGCCAGUUUGGAAUGAAAUUUUGUUUACGAUAAUCUAUCCACCGAGCACGUAAGUUUUUCCGCUUGGUGUUCAAA